AAAAUGUCAGCGUCCACAUCGAAUAUCCUCUCUCUAUUCAAAAUAAAAAAUAAGACAAAACAUCAUUGCUAUUAUUAUUAUUAGAAUCUAUAAUGCAUGCUACAUGCAUACUUUAAUUUUAAAAAUAAACAAUAAAUCUAUUAUAGAACUAAAAUGAAUGACGAAAGCUUGUCAAAUAAGAACUGUUUGGAGAAGAUAGAUGAAAAGAGCAAUCAUAAGGGAGAGGAUUUGAAAGAAGAGCCUGAUGAAAGUGAAGACGUUGAAGAUGAUAAAGACUUUGACAACAGCAACAUGAAUAAUCCCCUUCCCCCUCCAGAUGUUGACCUAGAUAAACUGAGGGGCGACAGAAUUGGGGAUACAGUGUACAGUGGGAAAUGGUGCAUACAGACUAUCAUGAAGUUAAUGCAGAGCAAUGUAGUUAGAUCAGAAGAGUGUGAAGAAGCUGAUGAUAAAACUGAACUUGUUGACAUGGAGGAAGAGCUACAGAAUGAAGUUGGUGUUCUGUGGGACAUGACCAGUAAUUUGGAUGUUUGUCAGUAUCUUCAUUCCAUCAGUGCAAUUGAAAGCAUUUGUUAUGUCAUCAACAAUUCUCGAUGCCCUAGAGCAACUGAAAUGUGUGUUGGCAUGUUGGCAAACAUAAUCACUCACAAAGAAUUGUGGGAUAUAUUAAAGAAUGACAAUAUUCUCUUUGAUCUCCUCAUACAGCUGUUGUCCAAUACUGACCAACCAGUUCUUUUGGAAGUUACAAGGUUUUUGAAUACAGCUCUAUGCCACGUAGACAACGAAAGCUGUUAUGCAAGACUGUGUGAGAAUGGCCCAGGUGUGACUAGUGAGCUUGUGCGCAUCUUAUCUGGAUCAACAAAUGGUGAGCUAUUAAAGCAUGCAGCAGAACUGAGUUACAAUCUGAUGUACAUUGAUGAUGGAGAGACCAAGUAUUGUGCUUUCUUCUCCCAAGAACCUGACUUUGUCCUGGCCAUAGUGGAGGCUUCCAAAGAGCUAGGAUAUGAACAUGAAUGUCAAGGACAAGAGUAUUUAAUGGAAAUUUUCCAUUGUUUUACAACAUAUGAAGCUGGUAUUGCAGCCAUUGAAAACUGUAUGGAACAAAUAGCAGAGGCCAAUAGUUCCUAUUUGAAGUCUCUGUGUAAGAAUGUGAACCUCAGCAACCACAGUACCAUCAUUACCACAAUCAUAGCCACACUGAACCACAUUUUCUGUAGAAAUGUUGUUGUCAGGCUGGGUCUGAUGUCAUCACCAACAUUUGCUCAUUGCAUUCUCAAGACAUUAGUAGCAGUCUACAGAAAGCUGGGAUGUUACAAGUCUAUUGCCUAUCCCAAAGGUUCUGUCCAGACUUCAGGCCACAGCAAACAUACCAACACCAGUUCUACCACUUGGCAGGUCCAGGAUGAGUCCGGCUUUGCAGCCAAGUCCGCGGACACUUCGUCUUGGUCAGAGCGCGCCAACACGGCCGUGUCCCAGUCGGCCGUGUUCCGCACGCCUGACCCCAGCCCAGUGCACGUUCAUCGGGCCAAAGAGCUGGACGUCUCUUGGUCAGAGCGCAGGAUCUCCUCCCCGCUGGCAGAGGACGAUCUGUUUGAAGAGAGAUGGAAACGUCCGCACACCAAGAAGACGCCGAAUAAAAAGAAAAUAGUCAUUGAGACCUCUCGGGACAGAACUUUGUGUGCUGAUAAGUCAGAGCCUGAAGGAAGUGAGCUCGACAAUGUUAAGACAAUCACAGAAACUGUGCCAUCAGAGGAAAGGGAAUCGAACGCCAAGAAAAUCGAUGAGAAAUGCCGGCACAACACUGACGGUGAAAGAACAUCCAAAGGUUUUUCUCCCCGUGACGAGGACAUGGACACGGGAAGGUCAGAGGAGUUCAGUGAAUCGGAAGUGUCCGAAAGUCUGGCAUCCAAGGAGGGGACGGUCAUAGCAAAGAGUCCUAAGAGUGCCGUAAAAGACAGCGGUGAGCCGGACUGCCCAGGGCAGACAGAACUGGACAUGAAGUUUAACUCGAGCAGUGAUGAGGAGAAUGAAGAUUUUGACAAUAGCGAUGACAGCCUGAUGCAGUCUUUUGACGCCCCUGGGGGAGAUAAAUAUCACAAACUGUUGUCUGCUAUCAAAGAGUUCCUUACGGACUAUUUAAACAAUAUGAGAGAGACUGUGUGCACAGAUGAUGGCACCCCCUACCUGACCAGCCUCAUUAAGUACCUCAACAGUCAGUGCAGCGGCACGGAGAUCAGAGGCUUGAUCAGAUGUGUAGGCAGCAGCACAGACGUGGCCCAUCCUCUGGGCAGGCUGCUCCACCUGGCGGACUAUUUCCAGGCCACGAAGCUCAAGUCAGUUUUACUAGGGACAUUGGAAGCUGCUGUCUGAAUUGUUUCUGUUCCCUGUUUAUGUUUGUGUAUAGGUUUGUGUGUGUGUAUCAGUUUAGUAUAUUUCGUUCGAGUCAAAAAUGUUAUUUUCAUGGCUGUUUUACACCCAUUAGAGAUUUUCAUUGAUAUCAAAAAAACUAUAAAUAGAUAGCUUUUGGGUGUAUCUGGUGUACAGAAUAAAAGGAAUUGUGGGUAAACCUUUUUUGUUUGGUGCUUUUUUGUUUUUAGCACAGAAUCAAAUUUUUCUAAACUCUUCCGUUUGAUGCUCAAUUUGUUUUUGUUUGUUUUUGUUGCUAUAGUGUAGGUCUAUUUAGCGUCCUUGACAUUGUUCGUCGUGAAAAUCACCAAUAAGUUCUCUUAGUAACAUAUAUGCCGGUAGAUUAUAUAUAUAUGCAAGUGAGCAUGACUAUAAGAAUAAUAUAAUAGUAAACUUUCCAUGUUGCAAUGUUAUUAUAACUAAACUGAUCUUCCUAUUACCAUUGGGUGAGUUAUGUUACAUUCAGUGUUUGAACGUUGUGUUAGGUCCAUUUGUUUAUAUUACAUUGGAACAAACAUUUUAUCCACACAAAAAUGCACAUCUCAGAUCUGUAUUCAAUUAGUCAUCCCAGUUCCAGAAUCAGGGUUUGAAUGUUCAUUGAAUGAUGUUUACGGGCUAUAAAGAGUUGCACUGUUUAAAAGAACAUUGUAUAGUUGAUUGUGCCUUGAAAUGUAUGACCAUUCUAAUAGAGAUGUGUAUAUAUAUAUAUAGAUAUGUUUCAAUAAAUCUACAUGUAUUCAUUGGGUCAAAGAGCAAUGGACUGGUGGGUGCCUUCGCAGUUGUAAUUGAAUUCGUUUGAAUCAAUUAUCGUUGGUUGAAUCAACCGAUGCACAAGCGUAUUGUUGAAAAAAUAUAAUUAGCAAGUUAUGUCUGAGUAUUUUAAAUGUAUUAAGUCUGAGAAAUUCGUAAUUUUAUGAUUGUCUGGGUAUAAUAUAACAAACUCGUGUUUCACGAAUGACAUCUAGGUCUAAGACUUUGUUUCUUUCUACAUGUUUUGUUUGCUAAUGUUACAAUGUACUUGAAAUAAAAUUUUGAUCAAUAACAUU